AUGUCCAACAACGAACCCCGCGAAAUGUACGAGUCAGGACUGACCGUCCCCUCCGACUCGGAGAACUACUCCGCCAACAACGAGCUCUCCUCCUCGUCAUCCAGCUCUCCCCUCAUCCUCUACAAACCUCCGACUUUCUGGAGCGUCCUGCGCGGCGCCGCGAUCAACCUCUUUCUGCCGUUUGUCAACGGUCUGAUGCUGGGAUUCGGUGAACUGUUUGCACACGAGGCCGCCUACCGACUAGGCUGGUCGGGAACCAAGGUUUUCCCUCUUCACCGACGGUCGAGACCCGCAGGCCCAGGCGUGGAGGUGCGCGAGCUCCCAUCGGAGCGGCGGCGGAAUGGAUCCCUACGAGAUACGGCUGCGCUUGAGUGA